UCUGCUUACUAAUCGUGGGCGGUCCCGCGGGAGCUGCGAGAAGUGGCGUCGGCUAUCUCUUCUUCCACGGCAUUUGAGCCGAGGAGAGGGAGCUCAAGGGGUGACUGCAGGCGAACAGCUCCGGGAGCGGCGAAUUGGGGAGGGCGGUAUCUGCUGCCAUCGCCGGAAGAGCUCAUCUGUUGCUGGGCGCGCGGAGACAUGAGCAAGGUGAGACGAAAGGCGAAGACGAAGAGGAUCAGGCACACGGUUUUCCAGUCCGUGUCUACGAUGGCGGCGAUGGUGGUCCUGCUGUUGCUGGCGCUUCUCCAGCUUGCCGUUCGUGGACUUGCUCAAACUCCGCCAUCUGGUACGGUAAGGGUCGAGAGCUUCAGCUAUAGUGGCUCUGGCUGUCCGCCUGGAAGUGCAGAGGGCGCACUCUCCCCCGACGGAACGGGACUCACUGUAAUUUUCGCCGAGUACAAGGCGUUCACCCCAGGAAGUCCAGAUGACCAGGUGAAGAAAUGCCAACUGGCCGUCAAGCUGAUCUAUCCUACUGGGUUCGCGUUUACUCUGGAGAGUGUGACAGUCAAAGGGAGCGCCCAUUUCGAGGAAGGCGUCAAGGGUUCACUGGAAGUCGGGUACUACUUCUCAGGUAUCCCAGGGGCAGUCAGAACCCUGCGCCGCUUGCCACCUCCCGUCGACGACAUGUUUGAGUUCGACGAUGACUUCUUAACCUUUAUCUAUGCACCGUGUGGCAGUGAGUCGACGACGCUCAAUGUCUAUUCCGAGGUAAGAGUAGUGCCUCCUCCCCCGCCGAGCAAUAACAACAAGGGCUUGAUCAUCAUCGACGCCCAUGAUUUUAGUCUGCGCUGGAAGACGUGCUAAAGGGAAUACUCGUAUUAAAGCGCUUCUUGAGCAUCUGGCGGCAAAUGCAGCGAGAUCCAGUUCAGAAAGUCGUGCUGUGAGCAUGGCCUAAGCUGAUUUAACCAGGCGUCAACAACUGGGGGCGGCGGUGGUUCGACAUCAACAAGCUACAUGGAGAGAAGCAGAAUGAGCGACCGGGAGGGGCUCAGCCUGGAGAUUUGUGGAUUACUCUGUCGGUCCGCUGCUGCAUGGUAUUGUCCGGGGCGCGUCACUGAGCGUGGUCAGCAAAGAACUGGCGACAUCACCGACGCAGGCGAUCGGACGUGUGUGUGUACAACAGCACUUUGCUGAUGGAGCUCAAUAGGAAGCCUACCCAGUUUCCACGUCAUGUAAUUUUUAAACCUGGAAAAGAAUACGCUGGCAUUUAGGACUUCCGGUGAUGGGGAAGACCCCAAGCCGAGUGCGAACAACAAGGCAUACUACUUAGUACUUAGUGCUCUCUCUCUCUCUCUCUCUCUCUCUCUCUCUCUCUCUCUCUCUCUCUCUCUCUCUCUCUCUCUCUCUUUUUUCACUUUUAUUCGCUUGCUGGGUUGCUCUUUGGCUUGCUCCAUGUGUUCGUGUGUGACGCACAUCUUCAGAGUGCGAGUCGACACCCACAGGAGUAUCUCGACCGUGGAGGCACGAAGUGCGAUAUUAGCGUGAAUAUGAUCUCUUCUCGUAAAGAAAUAUUGUCUUUUCCAAUGAAUUUCUGGAUAUGUU